UCUGUCUCUACACUUUCACCCCGCCUGCAUCUUAUCUUUAAGAAAAACCAGAGCUUACAAAAAACCUCUGAAGCUCCCAAAACCCUGAAACCCGCAAAAGAGAAAGAUGCUUCUACAACCCACCACCACCAUUAAACCCCCACAUCAAAACCAUGUCUCCUUUUCAUCAUCCCUCUGUUAUUCACUCUCUUUCCCUUCCGGGUUUUGCAAUUUGGGUGGUUUAACGUGCCCAAAAAACCAUACAGUUAUUAUUAGCUGUUCCUCAAUAUCACAGGUACAUAGUUAUGGGACUGUUGACUACGAGAGACGGCCGAUAGUGAAAUGGAAUGCUAUUUACAAAAGAAUAUCUAUGAAUGAUGGCCCAGAGAGAGGCAGUGUUAGUGUGUUGAAUCAGUGGGAGAAUGAAGGGAAAAAGGUUACUAAAUGGGAACUUUCUAGGGUUAUUAAGGAGCUCAGGAAGUUUAGGCGUUAUAAGCUUGCUCUUGAGGUGUAUGAGUGGAUGAACAAUAGAGCAGAGAGGUUUAGACUAACCACCAGUGACACUGCUAUCCAGUUAGACCUGAUCGCAAAAGUACAUGGAAUCUCAAGUGCUGAAGAAUACUUUGUAAAGUUGCCAGACACCUUAAAAGAUAAGCGGAUAUAUGGUUCUCUUUUAAAUGCCUUUGUGCGGGCUAGAAAGAAGGAACAAGCUGAAUCUUUAAUUGAUAAAAUGAGAAAUAGAGGCUAUACUGAUCAUGCUCUUCCAUUCAAUGUGAUGAUGACACUCUAUAUGAACCUUAAAGACUACGAUAAAGUUGAGUCCGUGGUUUCAGAAAUGAUGGAAAAACAAAUUCCAUUAGAUAUAUAUUCCUACAAUAUCUGGUUAUCAUCAUGUGGAUCUCAAGGAUCUGUAGAAAAAAUGGAAAAAGUACUUGAAAAAAUGAAUCUGGACACUGAUAUCAAUCCAAACUGGACUACAUAUAGCACUAUGGCUACUAUGUACAUUAAGUUGGGGCAGUUGAAAAAAGCUGAAGACUCUUUGAAAAGUGUUGAGAGCAGAAUCACAGGUCGUGAUCGAAUUCCAUACCACUAUCUUAUCAGUCUUUAUGGUAGUCUUGGUAAGAAGGAAGAGGUUCUCCGCAUCUGGAAAACCUACCAAUCACAGUUUCCAACAAUCCCAAACUUGGGUUAUCAUUCUGUAAUAUCUUCUCUGGUGAGGUUGGAUGAUAUUGAAGGUGCAGAAAAGAUAUAUGAUGAGUGGCUACCUGUUAAAUCGCACUAUGAUCCUAGAUUAGGAAAUCUUUUGUUGGGUUAUUAUGUGAGGAAGGGUUCUGUGGACAAGGCUAUUGCGUUCCUCGACCAAAUGGUUGAAGCUGGAGCAAAGCCAAACUCUAUGACUUGGGAGAUUGUUGCUGAAGGCCAUAUCAGGGAACGGAGAUUAUCUAAGGCUUUAUCAUGUUUGAAGGAUGCCGUUUCAACUGAGGGAUCGAAGAGUUGGAGACCGAAGCCUGCAAAUGUAUCUUCCAUUCUCAGACUUUGUGAGCAGGAAGAGGAUACGCAAAGUAAGGAAGCCCUGAUGGAGGUGUUGAAGCAAGUUGGGUGUCUUGACGAUGAAAAGUACAUGUCAUAUAUUCCAUUAUCAAACGGUACAUUUACCGGUGAUGAGCCAGAAAUAGAUAAGGAUACAUCUGAUAAUGAUGAAGGAUCUGAGAUACUGCUCAACCAAUUGCAAGGAAGCUUGUGAGACUUUUUCACUCACUUUGAAAUGCAACAUUUUUCCAGGUAGAUGCGUAGGGGAUAACGCCUCAUGAAAUUGGAGUUUCGGCAUGUGGAUGCUCGACAAAAGCAAGAGUCUGAGUGUGUAGAGCUGAGAAGCAAGAUAUUCAUGAUAAACACAUAUCUACUGAUUAUGGUUUCCUUAUUUAGGUUUACGCAGAUCCAUUUUGCUAUAUACUCCUAUGUAGUUUAUUAAUCAUCUAGUAGAAGUCUAUUGUUUUAACUUUGCCCAUCAAUACACAUGUUUUAUCAGGGAUGUCACAGAAAUAUACUGCAGGUUUAUAUGUAAAUAUGAUGAAUUGUGCAUUACUUUAUUUGAGUUCAA